AACAUAGCAAAAGCCAUUAAAUUGCUUUGUUUUUGUACGUAAACAUUAUCUCUAAUGGAGCCCACCAACUUAAAUUAAAAACCCGUUCUUUUACUUUUUUGCUCAUCUCUUUGUUCAUUCCCUUGAAAACCCAGAUUAACAAGGCAAUUAUUUGUUGAAUUUUGGAAGAAUUGAAUCAUGAACUGGCGAGCAAUUGCUGGGUCACUACAAAUCUUGGGUGCCCAUUUUUUUCUUUUCAGUUUUACUGUCUUGCUGGUUGCUAAGCUCGAUCACUACGUCUUCUACUCUUGGUGGAUAAUUUUCGUCCCACUUUGGCUAUUCCAUGCAGUUGUUGCUCGCGGAAGAUUCUCAUUACCUGCUCCCUCAGUUCCACAUGAUCGCCAUUGGGCACCAUGCCAUGCCGUUGUUGCAACACCUUUGCUGAUUGCAUUCGAGCUUCUUCUCUGUAUAUAUCUUGAGAGCUUGUAUGUCAACAAAUUUGCAGCUGUAAGCUUAAAGAUUGUCUUUCUUCCGCUGUUAGCAUUUGAGAUAAUUAUCCUCAUUGACAACUUCAGAAUGUGCAAGGCUUUAUUACCAGGUGACGAUGAUAGCAUGAGCGAUGAAGCAAUAUGGGAGACACUUCCGCAUUUCUGGGUGGCCAUCUCCAUGGUUUUCUUUGUUGCGGCUACAGUCUUUACUCUCCUGAAGCUCAAUGGUGAUGUGGGUGCUCUAGGCUGGUGGGAUCUAUUUAUAAAUUUUGGAAUUGCACAAUGCUUUGCGUUUCUUGUUUGUACCAAGUGGUCCAAUCCUAUGAUUCAUAGAGCGUCAUACACUCAGGAAGCCAGCUCAUCUUCUUCUGCAAUUCGGUACCUUGACUGGAACAGUGGCUUGGUGGUGCUUCCAGACGAUCAGUCACAAGAUGGAAUUUGUACUCUGCCCGACAUUGGGGGCCAUAUUAUGAAGAUUCCCAUCAUAGUUUUUCAAGUUCUUCUUUGUAUGCAUUUGGAGGGACAGCCUGCUGGUGCUAGAGAUAUCCCUCUUCCAGCUCUCUUCUCUCCUCUUUUUCUACUGCAAGGAGCUGGACUCCUCUUUGCCACCUCUAGAUUUGUGGAGAGACUUGUACUUUUGCUGCGUGGUGGCACUGCUACUGGAAGAUAUUUUGUGUUUUCUUCUAAAGUUCAGGAAUGCUUUGGUUUCCUGAAUCACGGCUCCAGGCUAUUGGGUUGGUGGUCAAUUGAUGAAGGAAGUCGAGAAGAACAUGCACGACUUUUCCAAAACGGGGCCUCUGGUUAUGACACUUUCUGUGGUUAUCCGCCUGAAAUAGUUAAGAAGAUGCCCAAGAAGGACCUUGCUGAGGAGGUUUGGAGACUUCAAGCUGCACUUGGUGAGCAAACAGAAAUUACAAAAUUCAGCCAGCAGGAGUACGAAAGACUUCAAAAUGAAAAAGUUCUAUGCAGGGUUUGUUUUGAGGGAGAGAUAAGCGUAGUCCUCAUUCCAUGUCGACAUCGCAUCCUGUGCAGCAACUGCUCAGAAAGAUGUAAAAAGUGCCCUAUUUGCCGUAUUGUUAUUGAGGAACGUUUGCCCGUUUACGAUGUCUAGAUGUAAAUAUUAAUCCAACUGAUAUUUACUUGUAACUGAAAUUCACAGUAAAGGUUAGAUAUCGUUGCAAAAAAUCAUUGCACACUUCUGACUGCAGUUUUUAGAGAAGGAGUGUUGUUGGUCUUAAGAGACAUGAUGAUUUUAGAGAUAGUUGUGCUGUACAAAUACUAAGAUAAGUUCCUGCUGUAAAUAUGCAUUGCACAGCUGCACUAUCGGCUUUCUUCGAUGUGGAUUAUGGAAAGUUAGUAAAUAUUAAUAUAGCUUUCUUCAGUCUCA